AUGCCGGGGCCGCGCUCCCCCGCCGUGGCUCGUUCCCACCCCCCGUCGCUGCCUUCGCCUUCCGCGGCGGCCGGGCCCGUCCCCUCCCACCGUGGAGCCAAGUUCAAACCGCGGGCCCCGGCGGAGCGGGACGCGGCGCAGGGGCCGGGCCGGCGGCCCUCGGCUCCCGCGGGGCUCAUGAUUCUCCCACGGGCGCUGUCCUGUGCUGUUGUGCUGCUGCUGCUCGUGGCUGUGCUCAGCAGAGGCAAGAGGUGCAGCAUCGCCAGGAUCCUGCGGCAGUACCGCGCCGUCCUCUUCCACGAGAUCCAGAACCUGAAAAACCUGAGUGGGUCGGCACACAGGAGCAGAAGGGCCGGGCCGGCCUGUCGCUCGGACAAGGACCAGAAGAUCCUGCUCUCCAUCUACAACAUCAGCAUGUCCCUGCGGGAGGUGGCGGCCGGCACCCUGCGCGGCCCCGAGGAGCUGGCGGUGUGGAAGGUGGCCAGGAACACUGACUUUGUGCUCAGGGAGAACUGCAGGAAACUCAGCAAGAGCCCAGCGCACAGCCCGGCGCAGCCCCGGCGCGGGGGCCCCGGCCGCAGGAGGAAGCAGCUGCGGGAGAUCGGGAGGAAGGCUGAGAGGCUGGUGACCUGCUGGGAGAAGCUCUACGCCCUGCACUCGCCCCGCCGUGCCCCCCGGGCCUCUUAGGGACAUUGCCCUCCCCAGCCCGGGGAAACCUGAGCCGAACGCACGGCGGGAAGCGGCGGAGCGGCUGCGGGAGGAUGCCCGAGCUGGACUCAUCCUCACCUCCUCAUCCUCACCUUCCAGCCCUGGUGCAUGCGUUUGGGGGCUGGAGAGCUCGGUUGGCCGUGGGAUGGAUGCGAACAGCAGAGAAAGCCGGCGGAGACGGAAGGGAGGUGCCAAAGGAGGAGGCGAGGCGUUGGGUUGCCGCGGUGCUCCCGGCUCCGCCUCUCCGGCUGCUGUCUGAGGGACAAACGGUUGCUUUUUGGGGGGCAGGAAAGAGGACACGUAGGGCUGUGGCUCGAAGGGCUCUGCUGGAACAGGGACUGAUGUGCAUCUGUAAGGCCCUGAGGGCGGUCGGGCUGCAGAGAGGGACACAUGUCCCUGGUGCAGCGCUGGGACACGCAGAGCACAUGUGGAUGGGGAAGCCGGGGUGCAUCACUGGGCACCUGGGGAUAGGGGCCAAAAUGCCAGGCUGAAGGCUCGGGGGUGGGCAGUGCUGCAGAGAGACUAUGCCCUGCUUGUGCCUCAGAAGCCCUGGUGAGCUGGGCCCCAAGGGACGUGGGGUUUGGUGAAGUAAGGAGCAUCCUCCCCCAUCACCGUGCUCUGCCACUGCCUCAGCCGGGGUCCCUGCUCCCCUGCGGGGUGGCAAACA